GAUCCAUUAUCGGUGAGCGCGAGCAUCAUCGCGGUGAUCCAAUGCGCCGACCGCAUUGCCCAACUUUGCCGUUACUACAUCGGAGCCGUUGAUGACUACCCGAAGGAUCUCCGAUCGAUCCUUAUCGAAGCAUCAUUCUUGAAAGCGCUUCUCGAGAGCCUCAAGUUCCUGAUUGACUGCGAAGGCUCUUCGUCCCCAAUGCUCAAGACUUUGGGUGGCGAGGAAGGUCCGCUCGCAUGGUGCCACAGGACCGUCAGGGAGCUAGAAUCGCUCUUUCCAGCAACUCCUCCACAAGUGACACCGAAUUCCAACCGAGGAAGGCGCCUUAAGCUGGUUAUGGGCCAGCUAGCAUGGCCCUUCCGACAAGAAAAAGCCCGCGUGCUCCUCGCCCAAAUCCAGCAGCACAAAGGAACAAUUAGUCUCGCUAUCUCCUCGGAAGCAUUACGCGAUAUCAAGGAAAUUAGGUUUGACCUCGGUGCGGUCUGCCGCAUGCUCAGUGGCUCGGAAACGUCAAACAUCUGUACAUGGGUUGAACAAACCAACCCCUCCGAAAUACUCAACAGGGCAGUUGCCGAUUACGAAGAAGGUACAGGCGAUUGGAUCGUGCGUACCCCGGAAUGGAAGAUUUGGAUGAACCCGAACGACAGCAGGAGGGGCCUCUGGGUUCACGGCAUCCCCGGCGCAGGAAAAACGGUUCUGGCUUCUUAUGCGAUUCGGGAAGUCAUUCGCACACUGCGGAGGCCAAACACUGGCAAGUCAAUCUGCGCUUACUAUUAUUGCCAGCACGCACACAACCAGGAUGAAUCGACGCCAGCUCUGCGGUGGAUCGUUAGUCAGCUUUGCCGAGCUGCGAAAAGAGUUCCAGAACCCUUAUACGAAUCAUACCGCUUGCGCCAGCUACCAAGCGCCAAAGGCCUUCUCCAGCAUCUGGAGUCCAUACUUGGUCACUUCGAACGAGCAUUCAUCAUCAUUGACGCUCUCGAUGAGAGCCAGUCGCGGGAAAACCUGCUUCGCGUCAUUCGAAAUAUCCUGUGCGAUACUCGAUUUAGUAAGAUUCGGCUCCUCGUCACCAGCCGCGAAUAUGCGGAUAUUGAACGCGAAAUGCUGAACAUUGCAACCCCGCUAUCUAUGUCGAAUGCAUUUGUGAGGGAAGAUAUAAGGAAAGUCAUUGCGGUCACCCUCAGGUCGAACUCCAUCUUCCAACAAUGGCCAGAAGCCUUCCGUGUCGAGGUCGAAGACGCGCUUUCAGCAGGAGCGAAGGGAAUGUUUCGCUGGGCUGUUUGCCAAUUGGAUAUCCUUCGCCGUUUGAGGUAUCAGAAGAUGGCUCGAGAAGCAAUCAAGAAGCUGCCACGGACCUUGGACGAGACGUACGAGAGGAUCUUCUCGUCCAUCGCCCCUGAAGAUGUCGACCUGGUACGACACUGCCUGUGGUGGACCAUGUUCCAUAACACGGUAUGGGAUUCGAUUGUACCACUCCCGUGUAAGAUAUUGAUCGACACAUACUACCUGAUGACCGGCAAGGAGAUGGCAGACGAUCAACCGCUUAUUGCCGACGUUGAGAUCCUGAAAGAGGCCUGCGGCUGCUUACUGUCCUUCACAUGCGACAAUCAUGGUGGCUUCAACGUCAACCUCGCUCACUAUACGGUGCGAGAAUAUCUCGAGUCUAGCCGCUCAGCCACUGGGCAGUCCAUCUUUUUCUCC